AUGGCGAAGGCCACACAGGAAGCGAGAGCCGCGAGUCAGGCGAACGCCGAGCAGGCGAGACAGGCGAAGCAGGAGGAGAAGAGAAUCGCAGCUAUUCUGCAGAACCCGAACAAAUUCGGCCCCUACUUCGGCAAACUACCGCCAGAGAUCCGCAAACUGAUAUAUAGCUAUCAUAUCGAAGCCUACGACCACACUUUCCUCGAAGUGAAAGAGGAAUACUAUCCCUACAUGCCUCUUCCAUGCCACGGAUACCAGAUCACUGCUUCAACUCCGUUCUUGGAUCUCCUCAAAGUCAGCAAGACCAUCAAGAGCGACAUCAAAGAGCUUUUUGCCAAUGACCAGGUCGUGUUCUUUGCAAAACUCGACCUCAAGCACGAGGACAGCGGGAAGCGGUUUCGCAGAGGCGAUGGAGUAGACUUCAGAAUGCGUGCGUCUGCCAGACGUUACGGCCCUCUGGAAUUACACAUGUCCAAGCUCAGCUGGGACGGACGACGAGGCAUUGACUGGCUGGAACAUUGGACGGUUGGUUGUGCGCGCGACGUCAACAUGCACAAAGUCUUGUUGUGUUGUGGUGGAAUGAAUGCUGAUGAACUCGAUAUGGCGCGUCGGGUGGGAUGGUAUGAUUGGGACGAGGCGGAGGGCGAGGACGCGGGCGCAGACUGGAACGAUGAUGGGGGCGAGGCUGCAAGCAUGAGCGAGAGCGAGAUGUACAGCAGAGCUCAGCAAGCAUGA